AUGUGUGUAUUAUUAUAUAUUUUCCUUGGUUUGUUGUGUGUUGUCACAAUAUGUGGAAACCUUCUUGUAAUAAUCUCCGUCAUUUACUUCAGACAGCUCCACAUCCCAACUAACUACCUCAUCCUCUCUCUGGCUGUAGCUGACUUGCUUGUUGGUGUUUUAGUCUUUCCUUUCAGCAUGAUGUUCACCGUAACUUCAUGUUGGUAUUAUGAAGGUUUAUUAUACAGAUAUUAUGCAGUGUGUCAGCCUCUCUCUUAUAAAAGUAAAAUAAAUGAUCGUGUUAUUGGGAUAAUGAUCUUUGUGAGCUGGAGUGUUUCUGCGCUAAUUGGAAUAGGCAUCAUAAUUGCAGGAUUUAAUCAAGGAAAAUGUGAAGAAAGUUGUAUAAUUGAUGCUCUAAUAUCAACCACUCUGGCAUGUAUUUUUUCCUUUUAUGUCCCAGUGAUCAUAAUGCUCUGCAUCUACCUGAAGAUUUUUCUUGUUGCACAGAGACAGGCACGUAGCAUUCAGAGUACAAAGUCUGGAGCAACUGUCAGUAAGAUGGAGAGAAAGGCCACCAACACUCUUGCUAUAGUUAUGGGAGUUUUUAUUUUAUGUUGGACUCCUUAUUUUCUUUGUAUCAUCUUUCAGCCUGUAACAUAUGAUCUAACUCCAAUUGCUGUGAUAGAAACACUUAACUGGCUUACGUUGUCUAAUUCGAUGCUCAAUCCAUUCAUUUAUGCUUUCUUUUACAGCUGGUUUAGAUCGGCUUUCAGAAUGAUUAUUUCUGGAAAAAUAUUUCAAGGUGAUUAUGCCAACUCAAAACUCCUUUGA